AUGGCUCAAGCAACAGUCGAGCUCGACACCCUCGACUCUAGCCGCCAUUCACAGGAUGCGAACAACACAGAGUCUCACCAUCAGAAUACUCACGAUGAAAGCACCCUUCCGCCAGUCGACAGCGGAAAGGCAGCCUGGCUGUUUCUAGCCGCUUGUUGGGCUGUCGAGGCUUUUGUAUUUGGAUUUGGGUUCUCCUUUGGUGUGUUCCAGAAUUUUUAUACCACCCAUGAACCGUUUGCCGGUUCAGGCGAUAUUGCGGUCAUCGGUACCACCACUCUGGGAACCCUCUACAUGGGAACACCUUUUGUUCUUAUGCUUUGCCGCCUAUUGCCCCGCUGGGCCCGCUGGUUUACGCUUCUGGGUCUCUUCACCUCCACUUUAUCCAUGGCAAUGAGCUCCUUUUGCACUACGGUUCCCCAGCUCAUCGGAACUCAGGGUCUCAUGUUCGGAAUUGGUGGCUGCUUCGCUUACUGUCCUUGCGUCGUCUAUAUCGACGAAUGGUUCGCCAAACGCAAAGGCAUGGCUUACGGCGUCAUGUGGAGCGCUGCAGGUACUGGAGGUGUUGUACUCCCCUUGGUUCUUCAAGUACUUCUCAACAACCUCGGGUUCGAGACAGCUACGAGAAUCUGGGCCGGUAUCUUCUUUGCUGCCACACUGCCCUUGUCCUUCUUCAUCAAGCCUAGGCUACCAAAUUCCGCAACCACACAUAUAUCGCCAUUCAAUGUGCGCCACCUCAUGUCAAAGUUAUUCGCCCUUCAUCAACUAUUUAACUUCGUACAAGCUACUGGCUAUUUCCUACCUGGCAUCUAUCUCCCCACCUAUGCACGCAGAAUAUUUGGCGCGUCUGACUUUUUAUCAACGUUGACCAUCAUGCUGGUCAAUAUCUCUGCCACGAUCGGCUGCGUCAUCAUGGGUUGGAUGACGGAUAAACUCAGAGUUACGACGUGCAUUGCCAUCUCGGCUCUGGGCACCACUAUGUCUGUUUUUGUUAUCUGGGGACUCGCUACGUCUUUACCCGUUCUUUAUGUAUUCUGCGUCUUCUACGGCCUAUUCGCAGGGAGCUGGACUUCUGUCUAUCCAGGAAUCAUGAAAGAUGUUGCCAAGAAAGGCGAGAAUGCAGGUCACAGCUCGGCUGACCCAGUGGUAGUUAUGGGCUACCUGUUACUCGCCAGAGGUAUCGGAAAUAUAGUGUCAGGACCUUUGAGCGAAGCGCUCGUAGAGGGCGAGCCUUGGCGAGGACAUGCUUCAGCAGGCUAUGGAAGUGGAUAUGGCGCGCUGCUUGUUUACUCUGGCGUGACUGCACUCUUCAGUGGGACUAAUUUUGUACUCGACCACUUCGGCUGGCUAUAA